AUGAAGGCUCAAUCGAAUCGCACGAGCAACAAGGUGGGUCAUCGCCGCUCAAACUCGCGUCAUAAUGGGAGCACAAGCGGUUUGGGUGGGAGAGCGAGUCCCGUUGCGAUUAAUCCCAAAAGCUCGAGUCAGGAUGGUGCAAUAGGUCAGCCUCCAAACUCUACUGACGAAUUGGGGGAUAAUAGAUUGGUUUUUUUGAUUGCAAAGUCUAUUGGAAAGCCAUGUGUUAUUACUACAACAGAUGGAUCUCGAUACAAGGGUUUAUUGUUGACUGUGGAUUGGGAGACGCCAAAAGCAAAGUCACCUUCAUCUGUGGUGAUUAAACUGCCUCAGUUGGUUGGGAAAAGUUUGAUCAAUGAAAAGAAUAACCUCGACAAGUUGCCGGAGCAUCUUGUUGUUCAAGGCAAGGACUUGAUUGAUAUUGAAGUUGAUGUUGACAUUAGCGAGCCAAUCAAGCAUUAUGCUAAAGAGGAGUUUAAAACUGAUUCUGACAUUUCCAAUAAUCGUGACAAGGUCAAGUCUUUUGAAGAACGUGAGUUGGUUAAAUGGGAGCCUGAGGAGGAGGAAGGUUUGCAAAAAUUGACCUUGGAAGAUGAGGCCACCUCAAAAAAUGGCAACACACAUUGGGAUCAAUUUAAGGUUAAUGAAGAAAAGUUUGGUGUUGAGAGUACUUAUGAUGAACAUUUGUAUACUACAAGAAUUGACAAGUCAGCCCCGGACUAUGAGCAACGUCUUGCUAGAGCCAAUCAGAUUGCUGCUGAGAUCGAAGGACAGGUAACUACUGAUCGCCAUAUAUUGGAAGAAAGAGGUGUUCAGGUUGAUGAUAGUGGUAUGGAUGAAGAGGACAAGUACUCUGGGGUUGAUAGGAGAGGAGAUGAAUUGAUGGCUGCUUUGAAGUUGAACAAUAAAGCAUCAAAAGGAGAUAACGCUCCAUCAGCAACCCACGAUACUUCCAAGUAUGCUACCCCAAGACAACGCGCUGCAAACUACCACAAUGAUCCAGCAAUCGUGUCAAGCUCAGCCACAAACAAGAAAUCUGACAAGAGAGCGGCUCCUGAUUCAGUUCCAGCAAAGCCACAAGUACCCAAUGAAUCUUUCAGACUUAAUGCUGAAAGUGAAAUUCAUUCUCUUCGACAAUUUAGUGCGAAUUUCAAGAUUCCUCACAAGAUGCCACAAGACCUUUUACCUAUUUUGGCAAAGGACAAGCUCAAGCAAGAUGAAAUUUUGAAAAAGCAACAACAAGAACAGGAGGAAAAGAAAAAGCAGGAAGAGAAGAGGAAGCAAGAGGAAAAACAGAAGCAAGAUGAGAAGCAAAGCACUCUGCAUGGUUUUGAUGCUUCUGCACAUUCUGCAGAAACCAAGGCGACUCCCUCGCCUACGCCACAAAGCGUCCCACAAGCUCCGACUACCUCCUCAGAAGCACAACAGUCACCUGCAAGACCUCAUACCGAAAAGAAGACACUGAAGGUGUUCAAGCUUAACCCUAACGCUGCAUCCUUCACGCCUUCACUCCCACAUAACACUUUGACAUCACCACCAAAAGCUGUGUUCAAUAACCAAGGGCCUGUUCAUUCACCACAUACAAUCAACAACAGACCCUACUCUUCAAAUAGCAGCUCUCAAGGAUCUAUCAAGAAGCAUUACCACAUUUCUGCUCAGGAUUUCUUUGGAGGUGCAAACAAUGUGCCUACUAGAGAGAAACAGGCGCAGAAAUUAAAGGAGUUGAAGACAGGUUUCAAUAUGUUCAACACUACAAAAUCCAAAGCUGAGGAUAAGUCGUCAGUCAUUCUCGAAAAAACUUUUCAUACUCCGCCAACGUGGGAUGCGACAAUUGAGGAAACACAUGAAGCACUUUUCCCAAGGGCAAUGUUCAAAUCGCCUUCAUUCAUGCCAAGCCCAAUGGUUCCAGCAACUGCGCCGAUGCCUUACAACUUUCAAAUGCCACCUCAGCCACAAUUUCCGCAACAGGUUGCACCAAUAUGGUUCAUGCCACCUCCACAAAAUUUUGGUAUGAUGCCUAAUCCGUAUCAAAACGGACAACCAGGAAGGAGAUUCAAAUAG